ACAAAGCAGCAAAGCAGCGGAGAAUUGAUAAAUAUAAAUCACACGAUUAUUUUCAUUUCUUCUUUAGUUUCGUUAAAAUAACUAUAAAAGUUUACAAGAUGGUAAAUUAUAGAUAAGCAAAUAUACUUACGUUCUUUUAACUAUGAAACGAUUGUUUUAGCCGUAAAAUGCACAAUCAACAACAAUCUUCAAACUGUAAUGUGCAUCCAUAUCAAACCACGCUCGUGUCUAGAAGUGAGCAACAAUUUGCCACAGCAUCCCGACAAAGAGCAAAGUAUCCAUGGGUUGAGAUCAGUGCUCCAGUGUAUCAAGCUGCUGGUACUGAUAGCUCUACUACUGAAAAUGCAUAUCAUGUCCCCAAUUAUUACCAAAGUAAGGAUUAUAUUCCUACAUCUCCAGUUUACCAUUCACCAUAUGGUACAGUCCCUUGGAAGAACUAUGCAAAGGGAGAGAAGUCUACCUCAUCAAAUACAUACAGUUUCCCAGUGUGUGCAUCAGCAUUUUCUCUACCACUAUGUGAUGGUGAACAAUUGCAAACUGCUGAUCAGUCUCCAAUUGAAACUCUUCCACCAGCAACUCCUGAAGUGCCUAUCUUAGGAGCAUGUGGAGGGCAUUGCCCAGGAUUUGAAUAUGUGUGUUACUAUAUAUUACAGGUUAUAUUUGUUGUGGGAAUUUUAACUGGAAUCUCAUUGUGCAUAGCUGGUAUUGUAUUGAGACGGACAAACCGAAAUGGUGAUCUCGGAGUGCUUGUGUACAUUGGAUGUCUUUCGUCAUGUGUGUGUGGAGUGUUGUUAGGUGUGCAAUGCUGUGUGCGUCGUGAGAUAAAGCAAAGAAAGAUGAGAGCAAUGACACACAUUCCUAUGCAGUCAAUGCAGGAGGUACCUACAACUACGGGAUUUCCAUUGCUACCACCUGCUUUGCCCCAACAUCAAGUAUACAGGCCCACAGUUAGUGAUGUGGAGGAGGAUUUGCUUGGAGUGCCAUGGUGGCGUCGCACCAAUAGAGACUGAUUUCUAACGCUAAGUUAUCUUUUAAGUAAUAUGACUAAUUUGUAUCUAACGAAAUAAAUAAAUGUGUUUUGUAUA